CCGGUCCGCGGCGCCGCCGCAGUGCCGCUGCCGGAAGCGUGGGGAGCGGAGGCCCGGGGCCGGCUCCGCGCGCGGGCAGGCAGAAAUCAUGGAUAUAGAUGCUGAAAGAGACAGGAUAUCGAAGGAGAUCAAGGAGCUGGAGAGGAUUUUGGAUCCCGGCUCCUCAGGUAUCAACACGGACGUCUCGGAGUCAAGUCUUGAUUCAGGUUCUGACGCAGGUUCGCUGCCCGAUGAGGACUCGGAUGCUGCUGGUCCACCGCUCUCGGAAGAAGAAAGGUGGGGGGAGGCCAGCAGUGAUGAGGACGAGCCCAAGGAGAAGGCGCUCCCUGAAGACCCGGAGACCUGUCUGCAGCUGAACAUGGUGUACCAGGAGGUCAUCCGGGAGAAGCUGGCAGACGUGAGCCUGCUGCUGGCCCAGAACCGCGAGCAGCAGGAGGAAGUCAUGUGGGACUUGGCAGGGUCCAAGAGCUCCAAGGUGAAGGAUGGCAGGAACCUGCCCUCGAAUCUGUACAUAGGGCACUUCAUGAAGCCCUACUUCAAGGACAGGGUCACCGGAGUGGGGCCUCCUGCCAAUGAAGACACACGAGAGAAGGCUGCCCAGGGCAUCAAAGCUUUCGAGGAGCUCCUGGUGACCAAGUGGAAAAGCUGGGAAAAGGCUUUGCUCAGGAGGUCGGUGGUGAGCGACCGUCUGCAGCGACUGCUUCAGCCCAAGUUACUCAAGCUUGAGUACUUGCAGCAGAAGCAGAGCAGGGCCACGAGCGAGGUGGAGAAGCAGGUCCUGGAGAAGCAGGCCAGGGAGGCCGAGAAGGAGGUGCAGGACAUCAAUCAGCUCCCCGAGGAUGCCCUGCUGGGGGGCAGGUUAGACAGCCACGACUGGGAGAAGAUUGCCAACGUCAACUUCGAGGGCGGCCGCAGUGCAGAGGAGCUCUGCAAGUUUUGGCAGAACUGCGAGCACCCGAGCAUCAACAAGCAGGAGUGGAGCGGGCAGGAGCUGGAGCAGCUGAAGGCCGUCGCGGCCAAGCACGCCCACCUGGACUGGCAGAAGAUCGCCGAGGAGCUGGGGACACACCGCAGCGCCUUCCAAUGCCUGCAGAAGUACCAGCAGCACAACCCGGCCCUGAAACGCAGGGAGUGGACGGAGGAGGAGGACCGUGUGCUCACCCAGCUCGUGCAGGAGAUGCGCGUGGGCAGCCACAUCCCCUACCGCAGGAUUGUCUACUACAUGGAGGGGCGGGACUCCAUGCAGCUCAUCUACCGCUGGACCAAGAGCCUGGACCCCAACCUGAAGAAGGGGCUCUGGGCCCCCGAGGAAGACGCGAAGCUGCUGCAGGCGGUUGCCAAGUACGGGGAGCAGGAUUGGUUUAAAAUCCGGGAAGAGGUGCCAGGUAGGAGCGAUGCCCAGUGCCGAGAUCGAUAUCUCAGAAGAUUACAUUUUAGCUUGAAAAAGGGACGAUGGAAUUCCAAAGAAGAGGAAAAGUUCAUUGAAUUAAUAGAAAAAUAUGGAGUAGGUCACUGGGCAAAAAUAGCCUCUGAACUACCCCAUCGGACGGGCUCGCAGUGCCUGAGCAAGUGGAAAAUCAUGGUCAGGAAGCGGCAGCGGCGGAGGCGGCGGCGACAGCCCCCUGCGCACAGAGCGCGCUGGAGCUCCAGCAGCGGGGACAGCGGCAGCGAGGACAGCAGCGGCUGGGACAGCAGCGGCGGCGGCGGGGACAGCGAGGACUCGGAGCCGGAGGCGGCCCCGGCGGACGGCCAGGCGCUCCCGCCAGCACAGCACGCGGUGCCGGACGUGGACCUGUGGGUUCCCGCCCGCUGGGGCACCGAGGAGCUGUGGGGAGCGCGGGCUGGGGGCCGGCCAGGACCCUGUGACGCCGGCCCCCGCCCUCCCGAAGGUGCCGACGCAGCCCGGGGCGGCCGCUGGGCAGCUCGCACCGCGGCCUCGGCCCCAGCAGAGCAGGCGGGUCGGGCGCGGGCCCCUUCCGGGACCCGGAGUGCCGGCCUGGGAGGCAGCGCGUGCCCACGCCCCGUGACGGCUCGCCCCUCCGGCUCCGAGGGGCCGGCGGGUGAGAAGGAGAAGCGGAGGCAGUCGCGCCUACUUGGCCCAGCCCUGGGGCCCGGCGGCGGUGGUGACGGUGGUGACAGUGGUGGCGGCCGGGCCAGGCCCUGUGUGCAGCCACUGUGGCGCAGGACCAGGCAGCGGCGCCAGGGACGUGCCCUGCAGAGGAGGCUCCUGGAGCGCCAGCUUCUGAUGGCCGUCAGCCCAUGGGUGGGCGAGGUCCUGCCCUGCUCUCCCCGGAGGCCCGCCGCGGUGCACAGUCGAGCUGACGGCAUCAGGAGGCGGCUACAGGGCGCCCGCCUGGCCAGCACCCCAGUGUUCGCCCUCCUGAUUCAGCUGUUGCAGAUCGACACAGGCGGCUGCCUGGAGGUUGUUCGAGAGAGGAAGGCCCGGCUGCCCGCCCUGCACCAGGUGGGUGCGCAGGACCCGCUCCUGCAGGUGAGGAGUGAGCGUGCGUCCCGGGCACAGGCGUCCCUGGCUCCCGUCUCCCUUCCCUCCCAUCCCAGCGGCACAGCAGCGCCGAGCAGAUGGUGCCUGUCCAGCCAAGGAGAGGGGCGUACGCAGGUGCCCUCGAGUGCCCGGCGCGCCCCAGGCUGCCUCCCCCAGAACGUGCCGGCCCAAGGAGCUGCGAAGCAGGGCACCCGCCACAAGGCGAGCGGAGUGCCGCAGGCCUGCAACACGGAGUCCACGCCGCAGGCCUCCCCGCCGGCCCCAUGCAGACCGCGGCCGAAACCCAAAACCGUGUCUGAGCUGCUUCGGGAGAAGCGGCUGCGGGAAGCCCGAGCCAGGAAGGCUGCCCAGGGCCCUGUGGUCCUCCCGCCCCAGGUGCUGGUCUCCUCGCCUGUGAUCCUCCAGCCGCUGGCCCCUCGGGGCCCCCCUGUCUCCAGUGCGGUUCUCUCUGGGCCUGGGGGUCCUGUGGCGGCCUGUUCAAACGCUUCAGGCUCCUGGGGCUCAGCCAAGGAGGAGAGACCCCCGACUCUGCAAGCCUUUGCCCUCUCUCCCGCCUCCAUGGGAGCCGUGGAGACCCCAGCUGCCCCUGCUGCCUCCAGGGCCCCAGGUCUGGGCCCCGGCCGGGUCCCUGUGAGCUGCCAGCCGAGCAGCCUCGGACAGUCUCAGGCCCCUGCCACGUCCCGGAAGCAGGGCCUGCCCGAGGCGCCACCCUUUCUCCCUGCAGCCCCCAGCCCCAUCCAGCUGCCUGUCCAGCCCCUCAGCCUGACACCAGCUCUGGGCACACACGUGGCAGCCGGCACCCCUCUGCCCGUCACCUGGGUGCUCACAGCCCAAGGGCUACUCCCUGUGCAGGCCGUGGUGGGCCUUCCGAGGCCAACAGGGACUCCUGACCCCAAAGGGCUGUCGGUGACUCGGCCACCCUCCCCGACUGAGACUCAGGCAGGCCGGGGCCCCAGGAUCCCUGGGCACAGCCACGUGUGGCAGCCCCCAACCAACAUGGACACAGAAUCGGACUCUCUCUCCAGGACAGACCCCUUGACCCUUCCGACGCCCCCCACAUACCAUAGCCCUGCAGAAGUGGAUGUGGCCCACGGGCCUGGGGGCGUCUCCUCACCUGGAGAGGCCCAAGUGGCUGGGGAGACUUCUGUACCCAGGACACCCUCCCAGGCUACACCCCUGGUCGACCACCCUGAAGCGAAGCCCCCCUGCCGCAGCCAGCUGCCUCUGCAGGGGACACCAGGGACCACCUCAGGGCCAGAGGAGCCCAGGAAGGGGCCGCCGCCGCCCUGGCCUGGGCCUGAGAAGGGUGCCCUGGACUUGGGCCUCCUCUCCCAGGAGAGUGAGGCAGCCGUGCGGGAGUGGCUGAGGGGGCCGUGGGGGGUGCGCGUGCCGCCCCUGGGGAGCAGGCUGGCCUACCAGCCCCCCACGCUGUGCAGCUUGCGGGCGCUGUCUGGCCUCCUCCUCCGCAAGAAGACCUUGGAGCACGCAGCUGCGUCCCUGGUGCCUGGCGGGGCAGCCGGAGCCCUGCAGGCCUCGCUGGGGCGGGUGCGCGCGCGGCUCUGGGACAGUCCGGCCUACCUGCUGCUGAAGGCGCGCUUCCUGGCCGCCUUCGCCCUGCCUGCGCUCCUGGCUACCCUGCCCCCCCGCGGCGUCCCCACCACCCUGUCGGUGGCCACGAGGUCCGACCCAGAGAGUGACAGUGGGGACAGCGACCUGGGGGACCUGGAGCUUGUUGGCGGGCAGCCCGGGAGCUCAGCCGCGGGGCCCCAGGUGGCCGCCACGCCCACUCAGGGAACCCCAGACCCCGGGCAGGGCUCUGCCCCCUCCUGCCCAGAUGGCCCCGACGACCUUGAUGUGCUGUGGACGCGGCACUCCCGGCACGCCCGGAAGCGGAGGCGGCUGGAGUGACCGGCAGGGCUGCCCGGGGCCCGUGCCAGACCCGCCGCCCAGCCCGCAGGAAGAGGGCUUUGACAGUGACAGUGUUGUGACGGGCUCAGCUGGUUCCCGAGCGCAAAGCAGAAUAUGGGAAGGAAUAAAGCACCGUCCUGGAUUUUAAUGAAAAGCAAGCCUCAGGCUCUUGGUGGUCUGGUCCUGAGGUGGCGGCGUGUGCGGAGGGCCUGGGCCGCCCCAGGCCCCUGCGCACGUGGUCUCCGGGGGCCUGCGGAGGUGGGGGAGCCCUGGGGCUCCUCCCUUCAGGCCGGGGGGCUGCUCCGGGCGCCCACCCAGGUGCUGACGGCUCCUGAUGCCGCCUCGGCCGGGCCGGGCCGGGCCGGGCCCCCUUCCUCCACCGCCCAGACCACA